AUGCCCUUCCCAGAAAUGUCGAGUAUGAGUACCGAGGAAUUAUUGAAGAAACUCGACGAUCAACAUCAAGCUUACCUCGAGACAUUCAAACUUGUUCACGAUGCCCUAAAUAACAGCAUCACAAAUACAAAUCCUGUUAGUGCGGCACCACAAAGUCCUGGUUCCAUCCGAACAUUUACAAAACGACGAAGAAGAUCUACCAAAGAUGAUGGUGACAUUCCCGAAAUACGACCAUCGACACUUCACAGCUCCGUUUUAUCAGGAGACAGUGACGAUAGCGAUGAUGAUGACGAUUUAUAUGUUCAAACACCUCUCGCACCUUUCAAAUAUGACGAAGAACAAUUACGACAGCAUUUCAGAACUUAUAAUUUCACGGACGCUGGUCAUAUAAUUCUUGAAAGUGUGAUUACGAAAAAUGGACGACUUCUAGAUCCUGUUCUAUUUCCAGAUUAUCAUAGAGCUGAUCGAUCCCAUAAUUCCCAUUAUUCUGUAUUUGAUGUUGGAAAAGAUGGAGCCCCUCUAUCUAGAAGAGAUGUAGUGAAACCAGGUACUACCAAAAUUGAUUCUGCUAUAUGGCAAGCGGUUAAAGACUUAAAUAGUGAUUCCGAAUCGCUCCGGCCGGCUGUGGGAAGGAUAACAAUUGUUCGAGAACCAUCUCCUGUCGUACUUGGGGCCUUACAUCUCACUUUGAAUAAGACUUUUGACAUGGAUGAAUUAUUCAAUCAUUUAGUUUCCGACGAAGUUACAUCUGCCAAUAUAAUGCGAAGACCUUUCUCUGCUGAUAGCCGACAACAAAAGUCCUUUGUUUUUAACUUUGAGUACUGGACAAUCGUGGGGGAAGAAUGUCAACCAAUGCCUUGGCAACUGGCCGACAAAACCCCAAGCACUUCAAAGGAUCACAUCCCUAUAUCGAGAUGUAACUCCGUUGUAGCUCUCUCCUUAUCUGGUGACCCUAUCCGAAAGUUGAGAAAUCCUGCUAGACGUGCUAGUACAGACUAUGGGUAUGUUUAUGAUCCAUGGGCAGCAUGGCACGUUCUCAAUAUUCAAUGCUAUCCAGACCAUCGUCAUACCAUGGAUGUCCAUGAUUCAACCAAGCAUUAUGUAAAUGGACCGGAAGCUUUUCUCCAUACACUGCUCUCAGAAUUUAGAGAUGCAGAAAAGAGAUUCGAAGCAAUAUAUAUGAAGAUCAGUAAGCUCGUUUCACCACCAGCAAAUUUUAUGUUCGAUGGGGAAAUUAGAGAUAAAUUACUUUUCGAAGAUGAAGAAUUCACCUAUUCCCGUCGCUAUUUCUGGGCCUAUCAAACACUCGGUCUAUUGAAGAAUGGACUUAAAGCCAUGAUGGAUAGUUACGAAGAUACGUUUACCGAUGAUGUUUGGGAGGGAAAACAUAAGACUCUAUGGCCAAUGUUGGAUCCGGACUCCCAUCGGAAUAAAUAUUGGCAAAAACGCAUGCAAAAAUUAAAAAUAGACUUCGAAAAGCAGAUGGCUAACCUAUUCAAACUUUAUGAGGAAACUGACGAAAAAAUGAAGGAGAUUAGAACCUUGAGGGAUCAACUUUUCUCGGGUACGAGUGUUUUGGAAAGUAGAAAGAGUGUGGAGAUGGCCGCGGUUACUAUAUUACAGGGUCACAAUAUCAAACUAUUGACUAUGGUUUCGAUAUUCUUCCUUCCCCUCACCUUUGUAACUUCGGUAUAUGGCAUGACGAAUAUGACCACUGAUCAUGAUUUUACCCCUUUCGCUAUAACGAUGGCGACUGUCUGUGUUCCUUUCUUCUUUUUAGUUGGAGCAUUAAACACUACCAGUGGUAUGCAAUUUUGGAGAGUAAGGUGGUAUAGGUUUUUGGGAUGGUUUGGACAGCAAGGUAUUCACUCAUCGUCCACUUCACCAUCAUCUUCGGCGGUCACUAAGACUUCAUCAUUGAUGGGAGACCCCUCACAAUCGUAUCCCAGUACAAGCUCGAGUUCCAUAAACAUUAAUCACGAUAAACCUAAACCUCUUCCACACUCAUAUUCAAUCAAUACCGCUCAAUCUCUUGCAGCUCGGAAAGAGCUUACCUCGAAUAGUAGUCAUAAAUCUCCAAUCAAGUCACCUUUUUCGCCAUCAACCACGCCAUCUAUGAAUCCAAUUCCAGAGCAUCCAUUAUCAAUGCCAAUGACUUCGUAUACGCCUACACCAAGACCAAAAUACACUUCGAUAUCUUCAAUCGAUACCAUUACAGCAACAACUGGCCCGAGACCUAGCUUGACAAGAAGUGCGAGUUGGUGGGAUAUGGCUUUGAAAAAGGGAAAGAGAACUGUCAGUUCUAGAGGGGAGGGAUUUGGCGGAGUGUGAUUUGAAGCGGGUUUUUGAGUACCCGAAUCAAUCUUGGUCUGCUUCAAUUUAUGCAGCUGUUUUCAUCGUUUUCAUCGUUUACCUCAAAGUCGAAAACUUCCCACCCUUACUCAAAGUCGUUGUAUCAAACUAAUGAAUGUUAUCAAACCAAUGAAUGUUGUUGCAUUGAAAGUUCAUUCAACUUUUACCAUCCACAUAAACUCUGUGUUUAUUUGCCCCAUAUAUAGCGAUCCAGAUAGAAAUUCGAUAGUGAUUUCGAAUAAUAGACUCGGACGGAAAACCUCAGCUCUGUAAGGACUCAUUGUUUUAUUGGAGAUCCCAAGGCAGUAAGUAGUGCUAGAAUAAUGAACAGAGAGAGGAAAAAUCUUUAUGGGCGGGACAAAAAUGAGGAAAACGCCACAGAAAAUUGGGAAAGAGGUCAAAGUGGAAUUAAUAUGUGUCAUCAUUGUAACCCGAAUCUCACACGUUCAUCAAUUUCUUCCAUCUGCUCUUUAUUUAUUCACGAGGCAUAACAUUCACCACCAAAAGACAUCAUUCUUUGUAAGAGAACUUACAAUAUCAUGCAUCACUAGCAAUC